AUGAUCAACUUGACUUCAGAGACAGGAUUCUUCCUCAUGGGGUUUUCUGAUGAUCGAAGGCUUCAGAUUUUAUAUGCACUGCUCUUUAUGGUGAUAUACCUGCUGGCUUUAACAGGCAACCUCCUCAUCAUCACCAUAAUUACCUUGGAUCCUCGUUUGCAUUCUCCCAUGUAUUACUUCUUGAAGCAUCUUUCUCUCUUGGACCUCUGCUUCAUCUCUGUCACAGUCCCCCAGUCCAUUGCAAACUCACUGAUGGGCAACGGUUACAUUUCCCUUGGUCAGUGUGUUCUGCAGGUGUUCUUCUUCAUUGCCCUGGCGUCGUCAGAAGUGGCCAUCCUCACAGUGAUGUCUUACGACCGGUAUGCAGCCAUCUGUCAACCAUUGCACUAUGAGACCAUUAUGAACCCAAAGGCCUGCAGCCGGGCGGUGAUGGCUGCGUGGAGUGCUGGAGGUCUUUCGGGGCUAGCACACACAGCUGUGAACUUCUCUAUUCCUCUUUGUGGGGAGCGUGUGAUUCACCAGUUCUUCUGUGACGUUCCUCAGAUGCUGAAGCUAGCCUGUUCCUAUGAAUUCGUCCAUGAGCUUGCCAUGGCUGCCUUCACAACCUCCAUGGCGUUUCUCUGUCUCCUCUCCAUCAUGCUAUCCUAUGUUCGCAUCUUCUCAGCCGUGCUGAAAAUCCCAUCCGCCGAGGGCCGUACCAAGGUCUUCGCCACUUGCCUCCCACACUUGUUCGUGGUCACCUUCUUCCUCUCAACCGCAGGCUUUGAGUUUCUGAGGCCUCCUUCUGACUCCCCAUCCGCUAUGGACCUCAUGUUCGCCAUAUUCUACACUGUGAUCCCUCCCACACUCAAUCCAGUCAUCUACAGCUUGCGAAACGAAGCCAUGAAGGCAGCUCUGAGAAAGGUGCUGUCUAAAGAAGAAUUUUCUCAGAGAAAGGUGUAUUUGAAAUCCCUAUUUAAACUCUAA